GCUUAAGACGAUUUCUCUUAAAAAAGACUGAAUUUUGAAGAGCAGAGGAAAAGGGUUGAGUAGCGUUCGUCCUCGUUCAGCCUCUGCUUUCAGUCUCCGCCGCCUCAGAUCUUGAUUUCAAUCCAUAUUUAUUCUGGGCAUCGAUUAUUUGGCGGCUACUGAUUAAUGCUGUUUGGUUUCGAUCUUGAAGAUCCGAUGAUCUACUGAUGAACAUAAAAUAAAACCAACAGAAAUUUUGUUUUAAAAUAAAAAACUGGCCAUUAAUCAUCUCCAGGUUAUUUCAGUUGUGUUUUGUUUCUUCAAGGUAUGCAUUUCGUCUCUUCAAUCGACAUUCCAAUAUUUGUGAUGAUUGGAUUUUGUUUUAGAGCUCAGAUUGGUUGUUUUCGAUCGAGUUAGGUUUGUAAUGUUGAGAAUUAUCGAUUAGUUUGGUGGUUUAACUUGAAUUGCUAUUGGAUUUGGAUCCAUUUUCUGGUUUCAGUCAUUGGUAUUUGCUGUGUUUAUGAAACUAUGGCUUAUCUAAUGAAUUGGUGUUAUUGAUUGGAGUAGAAUAAUCUGUUUGAUUGGCAAUUCAGGAUUGAGCAAAAUGGAAAUGGAGCCUGUGAAGCUGUUUGUAGGUGGGAUUUCUUGGGAGACUAAUGAAGAGCGUUUGAGGGAGUAUUUCGAAACGUUCGGAGAAGUGGUCGAAACCGUGAUCAUCAAAGAUCGAGCAACUGGCUGCGCUCGAGGCUUCGGCUUUGCUGUUUUCGCAGAUGCUUCUGUCGCCGAGAGAGUUGUCAAAGAAAGGCAUGUCAUAGACGGCAAAGUUGUGGAAGCAAAGAAGGCGAUUCCUCGGGACAAUCAUUUGAGCUUUAACAAGAACAUCGACAGCUCUGAAGGGACACCUUCCCCUCCUCGAAGGAAAAAAGUUUUCGUAGGAGGGUUGCCGUCCUCCAUCACAGAGAAUGACUUCAAGAGAUACUUUGAGCAGUUCGGGACGAUUACAGACAUUGUGGUUAUGUACGACCACAACACACAAAGGCCACGAGGUUUCGGUUUCAUCACGUAUGAUUCAGGGGAAGCGGUGGAUAGAGUUCUCUUACAGCCCUUCCACGAGCUCCACGGAAAAAGGGUUGAAGUUAAGCGUGCUGUGCCGAAAGAAUUGUCUCCCGGGCCAAUGCGCAAUAGUCCGUCAGGCAGCCAUGGUCUGAACAGAACAAGCAGUUUCCUUAGCCCUUAUAACCACCUAGGAUAUAAUUCGAGCCCGUAUGGGAUGAGGAUGACUAGUCGAUUCAGUCCUGCAAAUGCGGGUCGAAGUGGAUAUCCUCGUGCUACAGGCAUGAGUUUGGACUCUGCAUUCGGUUUGAGCUACGGGCAUGGGAUGAGUUCUUAUUACAAUGGAAAUGCAGGUCGAUUCGAUAGCCCCAACGAGUACGAAGUUACCGCUGAUCGAUUCAGGACAUUAUUUGACUCGACAAAUCAAAGGUUGUGGGCCGGCGGGAAUCUUAACUACAUUCCCGAUUCAAUUGCUUCUAAUGGCUUUCUUGGCUCUAGGGCUGCAACGACCGGAAAUCUUGGCCGUGCGGGGGAGAUUCGGGGCUUCAAUCCUGUUUCAGCUCGGGUUGGCGAAAACUUCGGUUAUGGCCACCGGGAAAGUAUUUUUGGCGGCGAGAUGGAUCAUAGUAUCUUACAGCAACCACACUACAAUGCUUCUGAUGGAGGUUUCGGGAACAUGUUAGAAGAUAAAUCCUUUUACAGCAACCACACGUGGGGCGCAUCCUAUCCGAAGAUCGAUAGUUCAGCUGCAUUUGGUUAUCGCCAUGAUGCUCCCUCGUCACGUGUAAGAACUCCGAACAACGGUGUCAGCAUUGGCUAUAGAGGUAACGAUUAUGAACAUCGGCGACAGCUGUGAAUCGAGCGAGAUCCACGCUUGAUGGUGAAUGAGACUUUUAUCGAUUUCUCGUGUAAUUUUGAUGCAGGUAUUGCGGCGUAAUGCUGUCGCUGCUGCAUCGAUGUCUCUAUCCCGAUCGGGAAAUGCAUAAUCGGAGGCUAGUUAGGAGCGUUUUCGAUGUCGUCCGUGUGGAACAUCCUGUGUAAGUUUGAACACAGGAUUUGCAAGAACAUAACAUACAUAGAGAUGCAUAUAUUGGAUAGAUCUGAAACCAGUUUUCUUGAAAUUGUGAGACAGGGAAGCUUAAAUUCUCCAUUCCUUUUAGUCUGGACGGUUUUUGUUCGUUUUUUCUUGCGGGACAAAGCAAGAAAUCUUCUAUUAUCAUCUAUGCCAUGUUUUCGAGCUAUUUCAAAUA